AUGCUCUCGCUAAUUCUUGGAAUCGAUAUCACUGAUGCGUCUGUAGCCGCCAUUUCCUCAAUUUACACAAACCUUGAACUGCUCGAUCUGAUUCCAGCAUUACAGAUACUGGCCUCGGGAUCAUGUGAGAUUCAUGUCUUGGAUACACCCUCAAAACUACUAGAUGAUGCGGUCUAUAUAGUUAUGGAGUUUUGUGAAGGAGGGGAAUCGUUUGAUCGGAUUGUCGUUAGAGAACAUUACACUGAGAAGGCUGAUGCUGCAGUUUUGAAGACUAUUGUUGAAGUUGUUCAGGUAUGCCAUAAGCAGGGAGUGAUGGAUAGAAAUCUUAAACCAGAGAACUUUCUUUUUGCAAAUAAGAAAGAGACAUCAGCUCUUAAGGCUAUUGAUUUUGGAUUAUCUGUCUUCUUUAAACCAUGUGAGCGGUUUAAUGAGAUUGUUGGAAGUCCUUAUUACAUGGCACAAGAGGUCCUACGACGAAACUAUGGACCUGAGAUUGAUGUCUUAGCCAUGGAGUCAUCUUCCAUAUGCUUCUUUGUGGUGUCCCUCCAUUUUGGACAGGUUUCUAUCCUCUUUGAUUUGUUGGUGUGCCUUUUCUUUCUGCAAAGUCACCCAAAUUAUUCAGACAAGACCUCACUUAGAUGUAUAUUUGGUACAAAGACUGAAGAAGUGGUGGCUCAAGCGAUCAUUAGAUAUGAGUAUAGAUGGACAGAUGGGAUUCCUAUAAAGAAGCCAAUAGUGGUUUCUGUUCCUGAAUACGUUAACUAUCUCAUGGACUGGAUUGAAACUCAGAUCGAUAAUAAAACCAUUUUUCCCCAAAAACCUGAAGUAUCAUUCCCACCAAACUUUAAGGACUUGGUGAAGGUGAUUUUGAAGAGGUUGUUUAGGGUUUAUGCACAUAUCUAUCAUUCUCAUUUUCAAGAAAUUUUGAAUCUCAAGGAAGAACUUCAUCUCAACACUUGCUUCAAACAUCUUGUUGUCUUCAUAUCUGAGUAUCAGUUGAUUGAUGAAGUAGAGUUGGAGCCUCUUAAAGAGAUCGUGGGAAAGGUUUUAAAACCAUAG